AUGGCGACGCAGAAGAAGGAGUCGGAGCCUGAGAAGAAGCAUGCAGUGAAUGCAGAUAGGUUGAAAGAAGCGAUUUUGGCUAACGAAGAAGAAGAACCUGUCAAGCCGUGGAAUUUGAGAAAAAAGCAAGCAGAGUGUAAGGCUUCGGCUUCAGUUGCUUCAAGUGUUAGUAUGCAAGGGUUAAAGAUUCAUGAUCAUGAUGAUGAUGUUGACAAGAACAACCCCAAUUGCUCCUCCUCGCCAGCGAUGACUGACAAUGGCAUUAACUUGAGAAGUAAUUCUGAUAAGGUGAAAAAGGUGAAAUUUCAUGUGGAGUUAUCCAAGAAGGAGAUUGAGGAUGAUUUCAUGGAGAUGUUGGGUUGUCGCCCACCUCGCAGGCCCAACAAGAGGCCCAAAGUUGUGCAGAAGAAAUUAGAUGACAUUUUCCCCGGGUCGUGGUUGACAGAGAUUACUGCUGAUCGUUACAAGGUUGUUGAGAAGGUGCGUCCUUCCAAAAAAGGGAAGGGCAGUCCCUCUAAGAAAAGGAAGGGCAAGGAUAAGUGA